CGAUCCCCAGAGCAAAAACAAGCAUUAAUGCAGAUGAAUCCUGACUGCUGAGGUUACGGCUGAGAAGUUUCUUGUCUUCACCAACGAUGUGGAACCUUCAAAACCUGCAGCUCAUGUUGUGCACAGCUCUGAGCUGUGUGAGCGGCGCCGCAGGUUUGAUCCGUGUGUUUGGAUACGAGGGGAGCGAUGUGACGGUUUCCUGUCCGUACGAUCCAGGAUAUGAGAGAUACCAGAAGUACCUGUGUAAGAACAGCUGUGGCUACAGUGAUUUUCUCAUCAAGACCUCACAAGAAAAUGAAACCAAAUACUCCGUUUACGACGACAAAAGAGCAAGAGUCGUCGCAGUGACCAUCUCUGGUCUUCGUUUGGAGGACGCCGGGGAAUAUUGGUGUGGAGUGACCAGAGCAGGAAAAGACAUCUACACUGAAGUAAAGCUGGACGUAAAAGCAGAUGUUGCAACACGACGAAUAAAAUCCAAAGUACUGAGGAAGGUUCAGUGACCAUCAGCUGUCCGUACGACUCUCAGUCUGUCGACAAGCUGAAGUUCUUCUGCAGAGGAAACCGGCCCUCCACAUGUCGACAGCAGGCAGUGAUCAA